AUGGCACUAUGCAAUAUCACAGAAUAUUGCAGCGAUGCUGUGCUGGCCAUUGAAGUGUCUCUGGGGUGCAUUGGUACCGUGGGCAACCUACUAGUGGUAUGCACUAUUGUAUGUGUCAACUUCCUACACAACUAUACCAAUUACUUCAUCGCCCAUCUAUCCGUUGCCGAUGCACUUGUAUGCAUUUCGAUCCAGGUUUUUCAGUUCAGAUACCUUCCCCCGGCCCUGGUGAACUCGGCCACAUGUCUGUUGUUCUUUGCCAGGGUGCCAUUUUUUGUGUUCUUGAGUGUAUCCUCGUUCGCAACCCUGUGUUUGCACGCAGAACGAUACAUAGCAAUCGUUCAACCCCUCCAGUAUCCGCGUUUGGUGACACCAGCUAAGGUGAAAUGUCUCCUUGCCGCAAUCUGGAUUGUCUCGAUCUUGACGAGUUUGUUCGAAACUACGUCAUCACUUACGUAUGAUGAAUCUUACAACGUGUGUUACAUCACCGAUCCCGAUGCCACGUGGAAGGCUGCUUUCGUGACCUUAAAGGGGGUCAUACUAACGGGGCAGCUUGUGGGAACCAUUGUUCCUUACGUCAGAAUCAUGGCCAACUUGAGAGAAUGUGCAAUACGGCAGGAUAAUCUCCGCGUGGAUGAACUGUUAGAGGCCCGUCGGCGGGUUGCUAGACUCUUAUUGUUUACUGCUCUUGCGUAUUAUCUGACUUGGAUCCCCGUUGCGGUGGUGUACGUACUGUUGACAUUUGGCGUAAUUGUUGACCCCACGUAUUACGACGUAACUGACAUUAUUCUGUUGGCGAACUCGGUGGUUAAUCCGUUUAUUUACGCAUUUAAGUAUAAAGAGUUUAGGAAAGGGUUUGCGAAGAUGUGUCGUAUGGGGGCAAACAGAGUCCACCCCGUUGAAUUUUAG